AUGGCGCGCCUCACUGAUGUUCCUGCUGAUGUCCUGUCCCUGCUGCUCGAUUACCUGACGAGCUACGACUACAAUGCUUUGGUGCGCGUCUCGACAAGAUUCAAUCACGACGUAGUGCCCCGCCUCUAUCGUCAUCUCAAGUUCACAGCUACCAAGUCCCGUGGGUGCGCACGAAGCCUCGCUUUUCUGCUUCGCACCUUGCUCGAGCGCCCGCAGCUUGCUUCACAUAUCCACAGCUUCAAACUACGAGGGCCUUUGCCGUGCUGGACAAAGUAUAAUCCAUGGCCCCCAGAAGAUUCCUCCAAACGCAUAUCUGGACCCAAACUAUGGGGGUUGGAGGAUUGCACCACGCUCUCACGGGCCCAGAAAAUAUUUGCUUCCAACCAGUUCUACAGUCUGGUCGACGAAAGCAUGCAUAAAUCCCAAGACCAAUUCAAGGGGAGAAACAAAGACGCUCUGGCGACACUAGUGCUGACGCGCUGCUACGAGUUGACCACCUUGGACCUGGGCGAUGGUUUCCUGAUGUAUUCCAUCUUCUUGCCCCAAAUCUUGAAGCGGGCAGAUCAUCUAUUUCCCAAGUUGAAUAAUGUCGUCUUGGGUGAUAAACGAUUCGAUCCCGAUAAUUCGCUGUCAUACAUAAACCUCGAUCUUAUUCGCCCCAUCUACUACUCUCCAUCAGUAACCACUUUCGAAUAUACCAUGUCUCAACCAUGGCAGCUGAAUUGGAAUCGUCCCUCACCUCCACGAAGUGAAAGCCUGACGACCCUUCACUUGUUUCGCACGAACAUCAAUCGAAGCACACUGGAACAACUUCUCUGCGCAACCCCACAUUUGAAACGGCUCCACUAUGAUCAGGAAGUGCUUUUCAACAACUCUUCCCAAGGACCACCCUUACUAGCACAGUUCCUGAAUCUCGACGGUCUUAACAUCGCACUAGCAAACCUCCAAAACACACUCGAGGAAUGCAAACUUACCCUCAAUAUGGCGGCAGAUUCUCUAUCCCCAACAGAACUUCUGGAAAACGGACUGCAUUUCCCUGGAAUACAAGGGACAUUGUCUGUCCUGCACAACUUUCCUCGCUUGCAAAAGGUCGAAGUCCCCGCUGUCAUGUUCCUGGGCUGGGCCCCCGAGUUUGCCGCUGAACUGAAGGAAGUGCUUCCGCCAAUGAUCACUGAUCUCACUUUACGGGAUGAUUUCAUUUCCUACUGCCAAUGGUCCGUCGGCUUCAACUGCUAUAAAAAAGUUGGACGGAUAAGCGAGUACCUAGAACAGAGGGCGUUCAGUGCGAAGAUGUUGUCGUGUUUCGGGAUUAGGCUACAGAACAGAGCGGCAGAUACAUGGCUCAGAGAUGCCGUGAAAGACUUGGGUAUGCCUCUGGGAGGCAGAGGGGUUCGGCACGAGCUGAAAAAGGAAAGGAGGGCGGAAGUGCAUUGUUGGCACUUUGGUAAAGGGGAAGGGGAAAGGGACACGAGGAAGGACAGUAUUAUACCGGGGAUGUUUCCUUCGACUUAG